AUGUUAAUCAUCAUCAUCAUCAUCAUCAUCAUCAUCAUCAUCAUCAUCAUCAUCAUCAUCAUCAUCAUCAUCAUCAUCAUCAUCAUCAUCAUCAUCAUCACCAUAUCAUCAUCAUCAUCAUCAUCAUCAUCAUCAUCAUCAUCAUCAUCAUCAUCAUCAUCAUCAUCAUCAUCAUCAUCAUCAUCAUCAUCAUCAUCAUCAUCAUCAUCAUCAUCAUCAUCAUCAUCAUCAUCAUCAUCAUCAUCAUCAUCAUCAUCAUCAUCAUCAUCAUCAUCAUCAUCAUCAUCAUCAUCAUCAUCAUCAUCAUCAUCAUCAUCAUCAUCAUCAUCAUCAUCAUCAUCAUCAUCAUCAUCAUCAUCAUCAUCAUCAUCAUCAUCAUCAUCAUCAUCAUCAUCAUCAUCAUCAUCAUCAUCAUCAUCAUCAUCAUCAUCAUCAUCAUCAUCAUCAUCAUCAUCAUCAUCAUCAUCAUCAUCAUCAUCAUCAUCAUCAUCAUCAUCAUCAUCAUCAUCAUCAUCAUCAUCAUCAUCAUCAUCAUCAUCAUCAUCAUCAUCAUCAUCAUCAUCAUCAUCAUCAUCAUCAUCAUCAUCAUCAUCAUCAUCAUCAUCAUCAUCAUCAUCAUCAUCAUCAUCAUCAUCAUCAUCAUCAUCAUCAUCAUCAUCAUCAUCAUCAUCAUCAUUAUCGAUUCAAAGGAAAGUAAUUUCAUGA